AAUAGCAUGUUAAUAAUUUUAUCUUUUAUAAUUGCUAUAUUUUAAAAACUGUAGCAUGUAAGUUUGAAAGAGAUCUUAUCAACAGAGGUCAAAGUGGAUAUAUCAGAAAAAAGACAUCUGUCAUGCAUGGAACUUAAUUUGAAGAUUUAAUGUUUCAGGAUAAAUUAAUGUGUUUGUAGGGUAUGUGUUGGGGCACCUCACAGAGUAGGAUUUAGCAAUUAAGUAAUCCUAACUGCACAGGUAACAUUGCCUGCCCUUGAAAGCAUUCUAAAAUGCUCCUUAACCAGUUUAGCAGGGGCAUUUUUAACUUUAAAUUUAACUUUUCAGAAACAAAAUACAGUAAAACUCCAAUUGUCUGGCAUCCAGUGGUCCAGCACUCCUGAUAGUCCGGCACCAACUGGAACCCGGAAGUGCUCUGGCCUGCCAGACAAUUGGAGCUGUCCAGAAGCGGCGGUGGAGAGGGGGCAGGCAGCUGUUUAAGGCAAGCGGGUGGAGGGAGGAGGAGUAAGGUGUGUCGGCGAGGAAUGGCGCAGCAAGGGGCGAAAUCUCUGCUGUGUUGUGGGGACCCAGUAGAAGCCCCGCGCAGCCAGCUUGCAAGUGGGGAAACUCAGCCGCUGGCUUGGCAGCGGCGGAGAGGGGGCGAGAGGCAUGCAGCGUUCCCUGCCAACCUCCCCGCCUUAAACAGCUGCCUGCCUCUCACCCCUUCGCCGCCGCCGCUGCUUGCAAGCCGGCUAUGCGGGGCUUCCACCCCCUCCCUGCAACACAGUGGAGGGUUCGCCCCUCCCUGCACCGUUCCCCACACAGUGCGGGUCCCGGAAGACCUGUCACAGCACCCCGCCAGAGUACCUCCCGAUACUCCAGCAUAUCCGAUAAUCCAGCACCUCCCAAGGGUGCCAGAUUAUCGGUAGUCUACUGUACUAAGGACAGUUUUUCUGCUUUUUUACACCUUUUAUCAAUUUGGAAUGAUACCAUUGCCUUCAAAUGGAAUGACAAGAUGUACAGCAGUUUAACCAAGAUUAGAAUUUGACUCUGACUUAGGGAUGUUAAAUAUUGGUCAAUUGAAUAGUUGAAUAACCUCAAGAAUUCUUAUCGGUUAGUCAACUAUUCUACAGUCCCUGGGGAUGGAAAUGGCAGCCAGUAUGCUCUGGCAAUAAGGAGCACCCUGCCACUCCAUGCUGCUGCCUCUGUAUGAGCAGCAGCAGUGCAGGGGGCCAGGUGGGAGCUGGUCUGUGAGGGAAGCCAGUUUAAUAACCAGUUCCCCUCCUGGACUGUGCUGUUACAUCUGCUAACGAGGCAGGAGCCCCUGUCUAGAGUGGGUCUGAGCUACUGGAGCUGGUGCAAGCCAGAACUGAGCUGGGCUGCCUGCCUGCCCGCCCGCCUGGCUCCUAAUACAGAGCUACCACAGGGAUUGGUCCUGGACCCGUUGCAAGCCAGGACUGAGCUGGAUUGCUGGCCAGCCUGUUAAAAAAUUUACUGGCAAGUGAAGGGUAAAGGAAUGCGUGUAGUCUUUAGCAUUAACCUAUAGCUUUUGCUUAUUGGUUAAUUGGCUACACUAUUAUAUCCCUACUCUGACUAUAUUAUAAGAGAGCUCUGCUUAUGUUUCAGAUUUCCUGUUGAUGCCAUACAACGUACAAAAUGGAUCCAUGCUGUUAAUCGAGCAGACCCCAAAAGCAAAAAGAUUUGGAUUCCAGGACCCGGUGCUAUAUUGUGUUCCAGGCAUUUUGCAGAAGCGGACUUUGAAUCAUAUGGCAUGAGAAGAAAACUAAGGAAAGGAGCUGUUCCUUCUGUUUUUCAGUAUAAGAAUUGCACUGGGAGUCAUACAGAUGGAGACAGAUGACCGAGUACUCCACUGAAAUGAAGCAGUUUGUCUGUACUCUCCAUCUCUAUCAUAGUAAGGCCUAUGAUUAUGUCAGAAAGAAUUUUCCCUUGCCCCAUCCUUCCAGCCUGACAAACUGGUUGUGCAAUGAUGAAGGUAGUCCAGGCUUUAGCAGCAGUAUUUUCCUUCACCUUCAGCAGAGAGUAGAGCGAGGAGAACAGGCAUACCAGUACUGCUCACUGAUGAUAGAAGAUAUGGCUCUCAAGAGACAGCUGGAGUGGGACCCGGUCACUCAACGUCAGGUUGGGUUUAUAGACUUAGGCGCAGGAGCGCUUGAUGCUGAUGAAGCACCCCUGGCCUCAGAAGCCGUAGUCCUAAUGGCAGUAGGUGUUCUUGAUCACUGGAGAGCUCCCCUGGGCUAUUUCUUUGUAAAUGGAACCUCUGGGCAUUUACUAGCUCAACUGCUUUGUCAGACCAUCAGCAAGCUGACCAGCAUAGGCAUCACAGUUCUCUCUGUCACGUCUGCGGCUACUGCUCACGGUGUUGAGAUGGCAAAGGCAUUGGGCAUACGUAUUGAUGCCAACAACAUACAGUGCACUUUUCAGCAUCCACACAGCACCACUCAUCAGAUCACAUACUUCUUUGAUGCCUGCCAUAUGCUCCAGUUAAUAAAGAACGUGUUUCAGUGUUCUCAUAGCAUACAGUCCGUUAAUGAAACAGCACACUGGCAACACAUAGUGGACCUAGUGACUUUGCAGGAGAAGGAAUUCCUACAUAUUAGUGACAGGUUGUCAGGCGAGCACAGAAAUAGUGAAAGCUGUCACUUGCGAGUGAACUACGCUGCACAGCUAUUCAGUGAGAGUGUCGCUGGCACAUUGGAAUGCCUCCAGCAGUUGGGCCUGCCUUCUUUUCAGAACUGCAGCGGUACCAUCAAAUUUGUGCGCUUGAUGAGCUCUCUGUUUGACAUUUUUCAUGGAAGAAACUGUUAUGGAACAGGAUUGAAAGGGCCUGUAUCCUCUGAAAAUUAUGCCAAGAUAAAUCACCUCUUAACUGAGGCUAAAAAUGUCUUUAUUGCAUUAACAGACACUUUGGGGAGACACUUUCUGAAAGGUAAACAUAAAUUAGGGUUUCUAGGUUUUUUGCUUAAUGCUGAGAGCUUAAAAUGGCUUUACACAAAUUAUGUAUUUCCAAAGAGCAUGCCUUUCCGCUGCCUUCUGACUUACACAUUCAGCCUAGAUCAUCUGGAAUUAUUUCUUAGCACCCUCAGACAAGCAUGUGCUUGCAGCGAUAACCCUACCUGCAGGAUGUUCCAGACUGCUUAUUGUAAACUGCUGACCAAGUAUAAGAUGAUACCAGGAUUACUUCAGAAUGCUGUUUUAGGUGACAUGAACACCUUAGAUGUAUCUAUUGUUCGUAGGACAGAUUUGUCUCUACAUACCAUUCAUUCUCAAUACAGGCGGGGUUACGUGGAGAGUCCAUCAACAGACUACCUUUUCUGUAUGGGCCAUAUUUUAUUUAACUCUGCACUGGGUUAUUCAUUGACAGAUCUGUCCCUAUAUGCAGAAGGCAUGACCUAUGCUGCUGGUUGUGUUGCUGAGAAGUUAGCAGCUGUCAUAAGAUGUGAAGCCUGUGUCACUUCACUCUUUGUUUCAGAUAAUAUAAUCCUAAAAUCUGGUUCACUAUUGUGUAUUAAAAAGAGUGGGGGCUGGAGUCUACCAUCUGAGAGUGUGCGUCGGAUUGUGACUAUUUCUGAGCAAGUCCUGAAAAUGCAUGCAAGAGUGAAAGACUGUAACCCAAACCUUGAGCAACAGGAUGCGUAUUUAAAACAGAAAAUAUUAUGCGAGUUAUCUGAACAAUGUCACCUUUUCUCUGAGUUAAACAAUCACCUGUUUGAUGGGGAGUUGGGUGUCACCAAUCAUUACACAAUGCUGUUAAGGAACAUCGUGCAAUAUUACUUAAAUGUCAGAGCUGAACAUGCAAAAAAAUGGGCUUUGGAAUACUGCUAUGGAUGGAAAAGGUUGAACAGGAAACAUCCCUUUUCCUCAUUAUUAAAGACGUAUAAAUCUAUCCAAACCUUACCUGUGCCAUGAUUUCUUACUAAUUUGUUAAAUGAUGGCUCUCCCUUUGCGUAAUGGCUAGGUACGGUCUGAUACAUGUAACACAGGUGUCAGAGAACAGACGUGCUGUAUUUCAGUUGGUCUCUUGGCAGUACUGUGGCCGUGAGUGGCUAAUAAAGAGAUUCAUAAGAGAAUUAACAGUAUUGGGUUCUAAUCGUGCCUUGGGUAAGAGAUGGAAAUGAGUUUGAGCUCCUCCUGAAUUCCCAUUUAUGCAGAUUGCACAACCACAGUAUAUUUUAAAACAUCUUUGGCAGGACUAAAUUACUGUAGCAGCUGGAAAUUCACAUUGAGGUUCAUAGGCAGAGUUAUGUGGGGAAGUUUCCUGAACACUAUACUAUGCCUGCCUUGCUCUGACAGCCCUUGCCUAUGAUGAAUACAAAGCUUACACGUUUGGAAAAGGAGUUGGGGGAAAAGGCUGAUGGAGUACGAUAGGAGCAGAUAACUCCAUAGAGCUGCAGAAACACAGGUAUUACAAAAUGAAUAAAGAUUUGUACUAGAAACAACAUGUUUUACUUUUACUUACUAAUUACACAGUCACUCUGCCUUUCGCCCUUUAAUUCCUCUGGCAGUUUAUCAGAAAAAUAAAUCAUUCCAAAUUGCUUCAAGUGCUUAAAUCUGAGCACUAGUCAGGAUAACAAUGAAGUGAAGAAAAGACCUUGACUUUGGCUACCCCAAUGGGGAAAAAAGUCAAGAAAUAAAACUGAUGGUACAGGAUCAGGUGCAUGGGAACUGUCUCAGAACAACUUAUGCAUUUCUCUAUACAGGAUUCUAAAAAAUACUCUAUACAGGGUAGGACACGUAGUGCAAAGUGUUGGUGGAAAACUUUUGGUUUGCUUGUUUCCUCUGAAUAAAAUGUGAAGACGACUAUUUGACACAGAUUAGUUUUUGCAGAACUCAUGGGAGAAGUGAGGGAUUAGGGUGAAGGCCUGGCCUAUUGCAGUUGGCCAUGCCAAAGAGAAGGAGAAAGGAAACUGGAGAAGGCCAGUAUUGGAGGGAAAGGAGCAAGAAAGGGCAUAAUCAAAUCCAAGCUGUACCAUUGGCUGAUUUAUACAAGGCCUUAAGCAGAAGCAGGGGUGAAAGUAACUUAAAAUUUCUUACAGGUACUGUCCUGUUGCAACUAGGGACCCUACAGCUCUUUAAAUAGCUUCCUGCUGGCUUUUGCCACAGCUCAGCCAGCUCUUGCCAGAGCUGCGCACUAGCGCACACCCACUUACUUUCACCUCUGGGCACAAAGAAGAGAUGUUCACAUUUGAUUAGGUGUGGAAUUUGGAUUUGACAUAAUUACAAUGUGUCAUGUAUUAUCAGCCUCUUGCUGCAAAUCAAGACGUAUGUUCUUCAGGUUGUGUGUAUAUUAACAUCUGUUAACUAUCAAAUACACAAAAUAAAAGCACGGGUUCCUUUUUUAAA